CAGUAGUUGACUUUCCAUUAUACCAUUCAUAUAUAUAUAUAUAAAUGUCCAAUUGAACCCUCCAUUAAUGAUCAGCCGCAGCAACGCAUCCCCCUUCCUUUAAUUCAUUCAUUUAUUGUGCUUCAGGCUGCAGCUGGCUAGGAGAUAUAUCAAACCAAUACCAAUUCAACCAUGAAUAGUUCCGGCACCAUCUUGCUCCUCAAUAUUCUCCUGAUCCCCAUGCUUUCUGCAGCUUCUUACCAGCACGGCCAGUUCAACUCCAAAGAUCUUGAUCAUAACUUGCCAGACUUGGACAACGACGGCGGCCUCUCCUCCUCCUACUACCACCGGACAUGCCCCGACGCCGAAGCCAUCAUCAACCGCAAGGUCAAGCAGUGGGUCCAGAAGGACUCCACCCUCGCCCCCAGCCUCAUCCGCCUCCACUUCCACGACUGUUCCAUCAGGGGCUGCGAUGGCUCCGUUCUACUCGACUACGACGGCAGCGAGAGGCGAGCUAACGCCAGCAAGACGCUGCGGGGUUUCCAGGUGAUCGAUGACAUAAAGCAGGAGAUCGAGAACAAAUGUCCCAAGACUGUGUCUUGCGCCGACAUUCUGACGGCGGCGGCCAGAGACGCCACUGUCGAGGCCGGAGGCCCCUACUGGCCGGUAGAUUUCGGCAGGAAGGACGGCCGGGUCUCCGUCGCCCAGGAAGCCGAAGCCGUGCCCAUGGGCCGGGAGAAGAUCACCGAUCUGGUCGAGUUUUUCCAGUCCAAGGGAUUGAAUGUUCUCGAUUUGGUUGUCCUCUCUGGGAUGCACACAAUAGGAAGGAGCAGCUGCGAGAUGUUGCAGCACAGGCUAUACGACUUCGAGGGAACCGGGAAACCAGACCCCUCCAUUAAUGCCGGGUACUUGAACUUCUUGAGGAGAAAAUGCCGGUGGGCAUCUGAAUAUGUCCAUCUUGACGCCAACACGCCCAACACCUUCGACACCGCCUAUUACACGAAUCUGGAGAAAAAGAUGGGGCUGUUGUCCACCGAUCAGCUGCUCUUCUCCGACUCCAGGACUCGCCCUCUCGUCUCCACCAUGGCUUGCCAGCCUCAGCUUUUCUACCGGCAGAUGGCGGUGUCCAUGGCCAAGCUGGGCAACAUUCUCGAGUUGACGGACGAGGAGGAGGAUGAAGGCGAGGUUCGGGUGAACUGCAACCGAGCGAACCCCUAAUAAUUAAUUACUAGACUCGUUUUUGGUGCUUUGAUUCCUUCUUUUGUCCUUCUGAAGUUAUGCAAAUUAAUUAAUUAUGUGGGUGGCAGUGUAUGGCUUCCGAUGUUGCUGAUUAACAACACAGUUUGAAAUGG